AAAUCAACAGCCCUGAUACAACUCGCUCUCCCAAUUCAACAAUCUUCACCUAAUCAAACAUGCAAAGUUCUGGUGUUGAAUGAAGCUUUGGGAGCAGCCCACCAGAAUGUAGCUCAAUAUAACACAAACACAGGGUCAUAAACCCUCCACCAAAGUUGUAAACUCAGUGGACAAAGGAUCAUAAAAUGGUAAAUUUCAACAUGAGGUUAUUAUAGCAGUUCAGUGUUACAGCGCACCUGCGCCAGGUGUCACACAGUAAAAGCACAACAUGAGAAGCUCGGCGGCUUCAAAGUCCAGUGAUAAUCAACGUUCAAUAACACUUGGCAUGCAAAUACACUUCGAACACAUUAGACUACAAGUGACAAUUCUAAGUCGCCCUAAAAUCCUACUCUAUGCUGUCCAAGCUAUUUCUAAUAAAGAAAUAAAAAUAAAAGAACGGAUUUUACUUGAUGUUGUCUCCUCUGAGCAGAGGGAGAGAGAAGGAGGCGGGGAAAGAGUUUCCACGCGUCCGGGGGUAACUCAGGAGAUCGGUCUGUCUUCGUCCUUUUCGGCCUCCUUGGCAGAAAGGUGAAAAAUAUGACGGACCGUCACAAGUCAACUAGAACAAAAAAAAACAAGGAGGAAAAAUUGCAUCUCCUUGAAAACUCCGUGUUUUUUUUGGUUACGUGUUAAAUCCAUGUCCUCGACCGGUAAAGUUGAAAACUCCGGGCCUUUCUAUUCCCGGAGCCUCUCAUUGGCCAACGGGGAAUGAAUGAAAGUCCACGUGGGAUUUCUUCUCCAGAGUGAUGCUCCAGUUGCGUGGUAAACGCGUCUUGGUUUCCAGCGUGAAAAGCCAUGUUGGGCGUCUCCGGUGCCCUUACAUAGUCCACUGUGACAUCAGAGCUGCGACGCCCCCGUCCUAUCAACCGCGGUACCCGCUGGGAUUUGUAGUAGCGGACUAUCCUGGGGUACACAAUGGCUGAUGACGCUGAACAGCACAGUGGCGUCCAGUAACGUGCAAAUUGUCCAAUAUUCAGUAAACAAAUGGUCCAACAACAGAAUUGGAUUUAUAAUCUUUUUAGUUGCACAUUUUUUUUUUGUUAGUUCUUGAAAGACUGUCUGCCAUGGUUCUAUGUUUGUUCUUAUGUCAUAAAAAUAUGCUAAUAAGUUGCAGGCAUCUAGAUGGCCUUGGUUUUAUUCACCUGUUAGAGAUUAGGUGGCACAAAAUAAAUAUGAUCCAAAGAAAUGCAGUGGUCACUACUUUUUGUAGUGCACUGUUUAUUCUUGAAAGACCAGAACCUUCUGAGCAGGACCAGCGAUUUUAGUAAUUUGAGGGAAGAUGUUAUUCGGACAUUUUAAAUGUUUGUAAAUAGAUAAAAGAGUUUUUUGCUGUUUUUACACAUUUGAUGUAAAUGCAACAUCAAACUUGGACCUUGUUGUAAAAUGUAGAAGAACAAGAAUCAAACAUGGACCAUAAACAGUGCCACCAGAACUGCACACUACAUAUUAGAGCAGAAACAAAGCAAUGGAGUCAAGGGAAUUAUCUGUCUGACCUGGGGAAGAAUACCAAAAAUGUCAGAAACAUUGAACACAGCGUGAAAAACAGCACUUUGGGCCUCCAUUAUUUGCAAAUGAAAGAAGAUCCACUAGAACUAUCCCUUGAUCUGGCAACCCAGCCCAAUAAAUCUGGGAAGAAGGGACUUGGUCCGAGAGAUGAACAAGAACCCACUGAUCACUAAAAUGAACUCCAGCGUUCCCCUGCGGAGAUAGAUCCUUCCAGGAUAUCAACCAUAGCAAAAACACUCCACCAGUUAAACCUGUAUGGUAAUAAUAAUACAAUUAUUUCAUAGUUCCUGUGCUUUAAAAUAAUUUAAACCAUUACUAUAGUCGAUGAAAUUGAUUUUAACAUCUGAUUGGUAGGGCAGCACAUCGUGAGGGGAAAACGUAAUCCAUUAGUUGCACCCAAAACUUUCUUUUUACAGUCAUGGCAAUUGUGUCCCUUAUUAUGUGCACAUUGCAGGUAUCGUGAGAAAAUGCUGCUGUGCACCAUGGCUGUUUUGGUGUUUUUUUUUCUAAGAGUUUGUUCAAAAUGCAAAAUAUUUAACAGUUUAGACCUCAACUGUACACUGAACAGAGGUUUUGAAAAACAGAACUUGAUUAAACUAAACUUUAUUCUAUUUGUAAAAACUUAACAAAGAGCAAUUUUAACACUUUAUUGUGUUGCUCCACCUUUAAUUUGGAAGUGCAAGAAAAAUACAAUAGACUGCUUAAAACUGGACUGAUUUAUUUAAUAGUAACUGGAGAUGUUCUCAAUAGAGAAUGUGAAGAUUUUAGUAAAACAUGGUGGUGGUAGUGUUAUGCUUUGGGACGUCUAACCAGCUUGGGCACAACAGCAAGUUCCUAUCUAAAUAUCUUGAAAGAAGCUUUUAGAACGGCCAGGUCAAAUUUUGGACCUAAACCCAAUUGUGAGACUGUACGAUGACCUAAACCAGGCCGUUCCUGUUUAAAAACCUGUUUCACUGAACAAUAUAUCCGUUUAUAUUUAUCUAUCUGGAUCCAUAUGUUUCAGUCCUUAAUGCUUCUGAGAAGUUGCGUCAGUUAAACGGGCUUGGUUAGAAAAGUGUGUAUGGUUGUACCUGAUAUGGAAGAAGGAGGAGCUUGCCCAGUGUGCCACUCAUUCAAGCACCGCCUUUGCUUUUGGGUUCUGGUUGUUGGGAGCAGAUGAUAGCUAAAUACAAGGGGUUUCUGCGCUUGCUUUUACUUUGAAAGCCACAUUUUUUUCUCCUCCUCCCCAAUUUCAUCCGCCUUUACGCACCUCCAUCCACACAAGAAGUACUUUGUCUCAUCGGAAGUGGGGUGUUGAUAGGAGAAAGAGGAAGGACUGGCCCAGUCCAUCUGUGCCGCAAACCUGCCUUCAUUAAGGCUAGCAAGGACCCCGAGAAGGGCCCCGUAAGAACAGUGGCUUUUCAGUGCUGGAGGUCGAGUUGGGGUAACAAGGACAGACCGGGAUGCAACAGAAAACCGGGCUUGGAAGGGGGCCCGUCUGAUUCCUCAUAACAAGCGGGUCUGGAAUGAUGGUGGUGAUGCAUCCCCAGCAGAGCGACGGAUUCCCGCAGAAGCCGACACACUCCACAACAGCCCCACAGCCGAGCGUGAACAGCGCCAGGGGAAGACGCCUCAGCUUCUCUCAUAAAUCAGAGCGUGUUUAAGUUAAAACUGGAUUUCCAGACCGAUGCAUAGACCAAACAACCGGAUAACCGAGCACCGUGUACUCUAGUUCAUGCUCCAUCUCGGGAUGCGACGCAGGGAGCAGCUCUGAUCCUGCGUUUUAAAGGUUUGUGACGCGCCGCUGCUGCUUUGACACAAGACGGAGGGGAAGAUGUUGGCGCGAUGCUACCGGUGCAAGCUGUCGGUGUGGGCCGCUCUGUGCGUGCUGGUGCUUGGCUGGUUCUACGUGUUCCCCGUCUACAGACUCCCCAGCGACAAAGAGAUUGUGGAGGAGGUGCUGGGGCUGGGGGAAGUGUGGCAGAAGAACCAGACGGGCAUCGAUUUGUACAGGAACCUGCUGACAGAAUGCUGCAAUCCAAGGUGGAUGUUUGCAGUGACGAAGGAGAACUCUCCUAUUGGCAAGGUCCUGUGGUACGAUGGAGAGUUUUACCACUCACACUCUGUCAGCAACAAGACCUACUCACUUUUUGUGCAGAGCAACCCUUUGAAGCUGCCCCUGAAAAAGUGUGCUGUGGUGGGCAAUGGCGGCAUCCUCAGGCACAGCAAAUGUGGACGGGACAUUGACCAGGCUGACUUUAUCAUGCGAUGCAACCUUCCACCACUCAGAAAGGAAUAUGUGAAGGACGUGGGAACCAGAACCCACCUGGUCACUGCCAACCCAAGCAUCAUUGAGAAAAGAUUCCAGAAUCUUCUGUGGUCCAGAAAAGAUUUUGUAGAUAAAAUGAAGGUAUACGGCUCCAGCUUCAUCUACAUGCCAGCGUUUUCCAUGAAACCUGGUACCGACCCCUCACUCCGGGCGUACUAUGCCCUCGCAGACUCUUCCUCCAAUCUCACGAUGCUCUUUGCGAACCCCGAGUUCCUGCGCAGCGUGGGUAAAUUCUGGAAAGCCCGUGGCAUUCAUGCCAAACGCCUCUCUACAGGGCUCUUUCUUGUCAGCCUGGCCCUGGGGCUGUGCGACGAGGUGACAGCUUAUGGCUUCUGGCCAUUCUCCGUUGACCUGGAUAAGCAGCCCAUCAGCCACCAUUACUAUGACAACAUCCUGCCCUAUAAGUGGUUCCACGCCAUGCCAGAAGAGUUCAUCCAGCUUUGGCACCUACACAAAAGCGGCACUCUACGCAUGAGGGUGGGACACUGUCCAUCUCAGAAUGAAGGGAGUUAAAGCAGCUAAUGCAUUCACUAAUGUCAGUGGGUUUAUGGUAAGCAAAAAGAGAGAUUUAGAUUGCAAAAUAACACAGAAGGAAGAUUAUAUGAGCUAAUAUUUCUUCAGGGAAUUACUCGCACUGCACCCAUGUUGACACUAUUUCCCUGCUUUUCUCCUGUUUUAUCCCCAAUCAUCAUAAGAAUGUAUAUUCCCUGACACACAUACACGCACACACACAUACAUCCACGUAAAGUUUGUAUACAUUCCCAAAACUUGCCAUACGUUUGUCCUUGUGUGUGGACAGUGUGCGCAUGUUUGUGUGUUUGCACGGGAAGCCUCAGCUGUGAAAGGGAGAUGGGGGAUGGAUUUUCCUGUUGACGGAUACAUGUGGCAGCUGGACCAAACCCUCAUCUGGGUCUCUGUAAGUAGACAGAGGAAGCGAAAGACCAAGCAGGAAAAAUAAAUGCACUGAAAAGGCCGCUGAAAUACAGGGAACAAUAGAAAAAUAAUGGUGUCUUGUAGCUAGCAGCUUGAAAAGAAGUGGUAAUUGAGCAAGCGGAAAAAAGAGGUUUGUCGGGGUGGAAUCUCAGUUUUUUUCAACCAUGCGCAUGAUUGGCGUUGUCUUUGGUCCCAAGCAGAGUUUUAGUACAAUGCGGGAGCCAUUAAAAACUGAAUCCUAUGAACUAAAUCCCCUAGAAUAUUUAGCCAAGCUGCAUUUUAAACCUUUAAUCUAAAAGGGAAAAUCUGUUGUUGUAUAUCUUGUUUUUGUUUGCCAAAUGUGAUAUUAUUUUUCUUAGGUUUCAUGUGAAUUCUGUUCCUGGUUUAUCAAGGCAAAAAAAAUACUGUUCCACCAAAACCAAUGUGUACACAUAGGUACCUCAACUCUCACUUGACUCAUAAUGUUUAACUUUUUGGUACACUCAAACAGAAGCAGGCUGUCUAGUUUAAGAUCACAGUCUAACUCACUUCUUCAGAGUCUGGUGGAAGUCAUCUCUUAGUAUCUGGACUAUACUUGUCAAGUGCCAAACCAGGGCAACAGUGGACUCUUUGUUACGCUUCCUGCUCAGUCCUUGUGCUACUUGUGCUUUGAAAUGAGGAGACACUGAUAUAAAGAGGGUCACUGACAGAUGAGGAGGACUCGGUGACAGAAAGUGGGCUUUUAUUCAGUGUUGCUAUUUCCCAUUAGAUGUAAGAUACCUUAAUGAGUAAACAGUGAACCUCUUAAUUUAUUGAUCAUUUUGUCUCAGGCAAACCUGAGCCUUUGUCUUAUACUUCUCUUAUGAUAUUGUGUGUUUUUUUUUGCCUUCUUGUUUUAACAACAGAAAGAUUACAUUUUGAAGUCAACACAACCGGCAUAUUUUUUGUACUUGCAAAGUCUUGCAGAUGGGAGACAUUAUUUAUCUGAAGAUGUCUUCACUCUCAUAUUUGUUAUUGUGCCAUACUGGUUGUUUUGCAAUAAUGGAGAACUCUGCAUGAGUAAAGCAGGAUGUUGACCACCGUUCUUUCUACUGGAGGUACCAAACAUGUUUGUACGUUAGUGCUUUAUGUUCUUAUCUGCUCUACUGUAAGGCUGAAUAAGGUACAGUGCCUUUUUAGAGGAAUUAAAGGAGAAGUUCUUGAAAAUUAUUCACUUAUGUGGCUGAUGUGAUUCAGUCGGUGAUGCUUACUUUUCAGUAUUCAGCGCUGUAGAAAAAAGCAUGUUGACCACAUUCAUAAAGGCAGCUGGCAUGAGCCCCUUGUAGCUUUGCGAAGAGAAAUUAGUUACUGGUAACAAAAAUGUUGCUAUCUGCAUAAAAUACAUAUAUCAUCAUACUUACAAUUUUUCCUGCUGAAGUUAAUAAAAAGACCCGUGGACACCAGCAGACGUUUUUGUACUGAUUGAGAACAUGUAAAAGCAAAAACCACAGUGAAGCAACACAUUUUCUCACCUGUAAACCUUUAUCCUUAUAAACAACACCCAUGGUCAGCUUAAUGGUCUGGCUGCUGACUCCCAUAGAGCUGUUUGUUGUAUGGGUGCCAUGAACUACAUUGUGUUCUUGUCCUUCCACUUUGUGCUGUUGCUAUAUAUAUUUAAAGCAAUGACAGGAGAAACAGGCAGAGCAAAGGUUUGAUGGUCGGGAGUAAAACACCAAACAGCUGCAUCAAGGACUAAUACCCUAGUUAUAUGGGGUGUACAAUCAAAUGCUACGUCAUUGGCCGCACCACAAAAUUGUAUUUAACACAGAAAUUGGCAUUGGUGUGAUCGCAACUGCUUUUAGUCCAAAGCAGAAGCAUUGGAGGAAACUUUAUAAAUAUACAGGUUUUCUGUCACUUAAAUAUCUUAAUAAUUACCAUUUAAACAUUUUCCUGCAGGAUACCAUAUAGCUGCCAUGGGCUAGGUUUUAUCUAAGAAUCUUUUUUUUAUUAUUAUUUAACUGAAUGUUGCUCAGGCUAAUUACACUGAUAGAUUUAUGUGCUGUUUUCUCUAACUUUUCGUUAGCCUGAAAUGCUACGUCCUGACGACGGAUAAACCACAUAUAGUUGCAAUAAUGACAAGUAAAACUGAAUUCUCUUUCAACUGAAAACCGUUAUUUAAAUAGACGAUAGUCCAUAUCUAAGGCGGAGCAUGUGUGUUUAAUUUUCUUUUGUCUAAGGUUUAUAAUCCCAUGUGUUAUGUGAAUUUUACUUUAUUGUGAAUUAUACAACGUUGAGUAAAAUUGUAAACUUUCUAAACAAUAAAAAAUCAUAAAUAGUU